UUCCACACCACAGUGAUACCAAAACCCUCCAUUCUCGUACGUGUCCCACUAACAAAGUCACCAACGUAGCGCCAUAUUCGCCUCUUAGGUGUUUGUAUUUAUAGCCCUCAUCACCACUCUCACUUUCCCUCACCAAAACAACGUUUUCUUCUUCACUAAAAUGGCUUUCCCUCCCCACGUAGUAGAGGAUUGCAUGGGCCUCCUCACACUCUUGAGCGACGGCACCGUUUUGCGUUCCAACAUCAACUUCCAAGAACAACCUCAACCCACCCAACACGACAACCUCGUACAAUUCAAAGACUUCCUCUUCCACAAAAAAUUCAACCUCCACCUCCGUCUCUACAAACCUAAAUUUGACGACAACAUUAAUAAUGAUGACGACAAGAACAACAACAAUAAGUCGUUGCCCGUGGUGAUGUUCCUCCACGGCGGCGGCUUCUGCUUCGGCUCGAGAGUGUGGCCACACAUUCAUUCGUGCUGUGUGCGCCUAGCUACGAGCCUCCAUGCCGCCGUGGUGACCCCGGACUACCGCCUCGCUCCAGAGCACCGCCUUCCCGCCGCAGUGGAUGACGGCGUGGAAGCCCUGCGGUGGCUCCAGCGACAGGGCCACCACGGCGGGGAUGAGUGGGUGACCCGGGGCGUUGACUUUGACCGUGCUUUCAUCCUCGGUGACUCCUCUGGCGGGAACAUUGCGCACCACUUGGCGGUUCAGCUCGGACCCGGUUCGAGGGAGAUGGAUCCGGUUCGCGUACGAGGUUACGUUCUGCUGGGCCCGUUUUUCAGUGGGGUGGUUCGGACCAGGUCGGAGGUGGGCCCACCGGAACAAAUGCUGACCCUUGAGUUGCUCGACAGAUUUUGGAGGCUGUCAAUACCUAUUGGAGAGACAAGAGAUCACCCAUUGGCGAACCCAUUUGGAGCUAACAGUCCAAACCUUGGACAUGUGAAGCUUGACCCUAUCUUAGUGAUAGUUGGUGGCAAUGAAUUGCUGAAGGACAGAGCAGUGGACUAUGCAACAAGGUUAAAAGAACUAGGGAAGAACAUUGAAUACAUUGAGUUUAAGGGGAAGGAACAUGGAUUUCUCACUCAUGAUUCGCACUCAGAGGCUGCGGAAGAGGUCGUGCAAAUCAUUAAACGAUUCAUGCUUGAAAAUUCUCAUUAAUUAGAAUAUAUAUGUGUGAAACACUGAAGAUCAUCAAAGGGGAUUAGGCUUUUCAUAUGUAGUGAUUUAAAGUUAAUCCAUGUUUUCUAGUUUGGUAAAAUGGGUAAUAAAAUGUACGUAGGUUGCACAUGGAAUUGAAAAUGCUGCAUUGUAAAAUUUUAAUUGCUAUCGUUUGAUUUUUUGUACUAAUAUUCUAAAAAAAGUUAAUUUACGUAGUAAUCAUUUUUGUCUUAA